CGUGGCUGGGAACAUGGAGGGCCAAUUUGCGAAGGAUUUCUUCAAGUGAAUUGAGAUUCUUGCUCGUGAAAAGCCACACGGGGCUAGAGGAGCAAACGGGAUGGUUUCGAACUGGGCGGACGUAACAGGCCAUGCCUGUGGUCACGUAGAAUCACCUCCCCUUCCUAGAAAAGAUCUCGUACUCUUAGACCCAAACACCGACGUAAAGCAGCAAGUAGCCAUGAACCCAGCCAGCGAGGCGCUAGAACAAGAGCUCCUUCCGAAUGUGUGUGGUAGCAUCUCUCGCACUGCGGCGUGGUAUCGUAAACACGGACGACCGUCGAGAAAGCCCAAGGCCGAACGCCAGCAAUACCUUUCUUCGUCAGAAGAGAAAGGACAAGCAGGGCGAUGGACUGGCACCGGCACGACAUCAACAUAUAUGACAAGAUCACCCAAGAAUGAUUAUAACAUGGACGAGACUGGGAUCAUGCUGUCAAUGCUAAGCUCUGUUAAAGUUCUUAUAGCCGUCGACUGUGUGUCCGCAAGCGGUGAGUAUCUGAAUCCUAUAAUCAUCUGGCCAGCUUCUACCCACCAAGGAACUGGAUAACGAACCCUACCCCAGGAUGGGUCUAUUACUGCUCCGAGUCGGGCUAUAACGACUCGUACCUCGGCUUGCGAUGGAUCAAAUAAGUAUUUGAUCCCCAGACAAAGAUGCUGCCAAAAAAGCCAAAGGCAAGAGAACGCGUAGUCGAUACCGAAAUGUACUGGACCAGAGGCAGAAGCAAGUGCAGACAAGGAGAAGCGCGGUAAGAACGCAAAGGUGUUGCAUUAGAUCCAGAUGCGUCAGAGACUUGGAAUGCACCAGUAGCGCGGAUGUGGUAAUGGAUAGACGUGCAGGCGGCGACCUGUUGUGCACAAGAAACAUAUAACUAGAG